CAAGAUGAUCGCCCUGCAAUCUAGAUUACAUGGACUCCAUAGCGCUCAGUUGGCCACCGCAGUAGCCGCCGCCAAGAAAGCCGGUGUACCCAAGAACCUCAUCGAAAGCGCCGUCGCACGCGGGCAAGGCCGGUCCGCGACGGGGACCGCCCUCGACACCCUGACACUCGAGGUCAUCAUGCCUCCCGGCGUGGCCCUGAUCGUGGACAUCGAGACGGACAGCCGGCUGCGCAGCCUCGAGCACCUCAAGCACCUGGUCAAGACGCACAAGGGCCGCGUCGGCUCGUCGGCGGCCUUCCUCUUCACGCGCCGAGGGCGCGUCGUCUUCGAUGCGACAGCUGGCCCGAGUCCGAGUCCGAGCCCGAGCCUCGACGACGUCAUGGAGGACGCCAUCGAGGCCGGGGCCGAGGACCUCGAGACCGAUCCGGACGGGAACGUCGUGGUGUGGACGCAGCCCAGCAUGACUGCCGACGUCAUGGAACGCUUGGCCCCGCGCUUCGGCGGGCGCGUUCUGAGCUCCGAGAUUGUUUGGGACGCGAACGAGGAGACCAAGGUCAAGGUCGACUCCGCGGGCGAUGCGCAGGCCUUGGGGGAUCUGCUGGCUGCGCUGCAGGAGUCUCCUGAGGUGCAGGCUGUGUAUGCGAAUGCCGCGAAGGGGACUAUAUCUGAUGAGGAGUGGUCCUGUAUCAAAGACAGCAUAGAUUCGUAGGUCUCCACGCAUGGGUGAUAUCGAUGUGUAUCUCUUUUAUCUUAUAAAAAAACAUAUAUUCGCCUUAUGUACGGUACCUAUAGUUAGACGAGCCCGCAGCUGCCAAAUGAGCGGUGUGUCGGCAAUGUAUUCUUUUAAACC